GGGAAAAGGAGGAGGAGCCACCAGCAGUGGAGGAGAGUGGAAGGUGGGUACUGCGCUGAGCGGAGAAGUCUGAGACGGAGGCUGCCACAGCCUAAGCAGAUCAGGGAGAGAAGGAAGGCUUGAGGCCGCAGCUGAAGUGGGGCAGGAAAGAGAAGGGAGCUGGGGCCCAGGCUGAGUGUGCACAGCUGCAUCUGAAGAUGGAGGUCAUGGGUGGACAGGCCCCUGGUGGGGCUGGAGGUCUGGCAGCCGUAAACAUGGGGCCUGAAGCCCUCAUCCUAGCUGUGGCAGUAGCCGGAGCUGGAGGGGGGCCGUCGCCUACUACAGCCGGGAGCGGAUCGAGCCCAGAGGCCGAUACAUGGACUUGGACAUGGACAUGGAAGGGGGAGUGGUCAGGGCAGGAUAUAGCACUAGGCCCCACGUUGGCCGCUCUGUUGCUGCUGUACGCUGCGUUGUGGGCUAGUGUGGUAGAGCUGAGAUGGAGGGUCUUGGAUCUAGCUCAGCAGCAGGAAGAGGAACCAGAGCCAGAGGCAGGGGCAGAGGAAAGGGCAGAGACAAGGACAGAAGCUGAGGCAGGGGCAGAAGCAAAGCCGGCGCAGGAGCGGGAGCCUGAGCAGGAGCUCAAACAUAAGCCAGAUGCAGCACCCGAGAUGGAGACGGAGCCAGAGGCAGAAUCAGAGGCAGAGGUAGAGGUAGAGGCAGAGUUGGAGAAGCUGCGGGAGCCUUCUGGUGCUUGGGGCCCAAAGGAGCCUUCAUCUUUAUGUGAGAUUGGGCCCUGGACCAAAGUGCCUGUGCUGGGGAGGGUUGCCCGCCCUGUGGGAUUAGCAGGUGUAGUGGUUGCUGUCCGCUCGGGUCUGGUGCUGAAACUGACGACAUUGCACGCAAGAGCAGGGGGUUUGCGGCUGUCCCGCUCACAGCAAGUGAUCCUAGACCAGGGCAGCAUUCGCUCUCUCCGGCCUUUGGGAGCGGAUUUGGUCCCCAUGAACAACUACUGGAACAAUGGACGCUUCUUCCCUCGGCUAGGAGCCUUCCAACAGCACCUGCUUAACUUACUGGAGCAGGAAGCCUGCCAAGCAAGAACCAACAUCCUCAUCUUCCUGGACACCAAGGUAAUGAAGAAAAUCUACCAUCAGGUUUUCAAUGCCUACAAAAUGGAUGGAGACCCAAAAGUGAGUGGCCUGUCACUCCAGCAGCUCCUUGAGAUCUUGCUGACAUGUAAGAAGAUCACAACUACCUAUAUUAAGAGGAACAACAUUGCUGUCACAGUGGAAGGAGAAGAUGCGUGUCUGCUCAAUUUUGAUACUGGGUAUGGUGUGAAUCUUGGACUGAGGGGCCUGGAAUCAAAUGAAGAGUUAUUCACCAAUAUGACAACAGCUGGGGAUCCUAGAGAUGUUUUCCAACCUUUGUCAGCUAACACUAAACAGUCCAGAGAAAUUGUUGAAGAAUUUAAAAGUGAUGGGCUGCUUGGUGAUCACUUCGAGUGAACAAGAGCAAGGAUCACAGGUCUUCUAUAAAGGGUAGACCUAUGUAGCCAGGAUAUCCUUCCAAAAGCUUCCAAAGUUAGUCAAAACACUCCUAGUGAAAAAAAUGGUGUCAUCUUGGUUCCAUGCCUUUAAAUGCAGGCCAAAAAAAAUUGGGUUACAAAAUAUAAUAUUCCAGUGAACUGUCAAGUUCACACACUGGAAAAGACACAUGUACACACACACACAUCACUGUUAUGCUUCAUAUACACUGGGUUACCUAGGAUAAAAAAAAAAACAAAAAUAAAAAAUGCAGUCCUUGAUCCCUUAGGAUUUUCAUGAGAAAGAGUGAAGUACUAGGGCUCUGCCCCACCCCACCCCCAUAUUUGUAAAUGUAUCAUCUUAGAAUGUCAGAGUAGGAAAGGACUUUGGAACAUAAAAAUCAGAAUGUGACAGCUGGGAGGGAUCUUCAAAACAUAGAAAAGAGGAUGUCUGCCACAUUUAGGAGGGAUCUUAGAAAGGUUCCAUUACAGGAGUCUGCAAUUAGCUUUAGUGUCUCUCUUCAAAUAUGUGCCAAAAUAAGGAAUGGAGACUGUACUUGUAUGUUGAUUCCCUUCAUUAAUGCACUAUGAAUCACCCCAUUUGAGAAACAUUCAUCAUGUGUGAUCCCUAUAAAUAAUGUCCAUCUCUAAUGCAUAGUUAAGUGAUAUUGUUUCUUAUAUAGUAUAUGAAUAUUGUUGGUCUUUUUUGUAUUGUAUUAAUGCAUAAGUUAAAUAAAUACAUAAAACCAUA